CCCCACUAUGUCUUUCCUCUCCUUGUAUAAAAACAAACCCUUAUUUCCACUUCUAUUCCCACAAACCUACCUUCAACUCAAACACAAACACAAACAAUUUCCAAGAAGAAGUCAUCAUCCAUUCUUUGAACUAUGUCUAAAGAUGGAGUUGGGCUAGGACUAGAAAUCACUGAGCUCCGAUUAGGGUUACCAGGUGGGAACUCGGAGAAGAAUGAGAAGAAGAGGGUAUUUUCCGAAAUCGUCACUUGUGGAGAGUUAUCAAAGGGAGUGAUGAAUGGAGAUGAUAACAAAUCGGAUCAUGAGAGGUUGAAGAAUCAAGUGGUGGGAUGGCCUCCGGUUUGCUCGUACCGAAAGAAGAUCAACAAUGUAAUGUACGUGAAAGUUAGCAUGGAUGGUGCCCCGUUUCUUAGAAAGAUCGAUUUGAGCAUUUAUAAGGAUUAUAUUGAGCUCGCUAUGGCACUCGAGAAACUCUUUGGUUGCAUUGGCAUAGUUGAAGCAUUGAAUGAUGCGGACAACUCAGAGUACGUUCCCAUCUAUGAGGACAAAGACGGGGAUUGGAUGCUAGUGGGCGAUGUGCCAUGGGGAAUGUUUAGUGAAUCUUGCAAGAGGUUGAGGAUGAUGAAGCGGUCGGAAGAAACCGUGAAGGGAGUGGGAUUGCGUGUGCGAGACUUUCUUAAAGAUCUUGCUAAAACGGUUGAUCAGUAGAACUACGAACUAGGUCAAGCUUAAUUAAUUAAGUUUACAAAAUUAGGUUUGAAGAUGCAAUCAAUCCCUAGUGUUUUCAUUACUACCUUAAUUUGUCAAAAGUGUUUUGUGGUGUUUGUAUUGUAUUUUUUAUAAACUUUUAUAUAUGUUUGUAUGGAAGUUGAUUUUCCUUCUAGUUUAUUAUUAUAUAUAGACCUAUUUGUUUAUAAGGUAAUCUGUAAAUAUUCUUUCAAUUGGUUAUGAUUAUUU